AUGGCGGCCGUUUUGGAGUCGCUGCUGCGAGAAGAGGUGUCGGUCGCAGCCGCGGUGCGGUGGAUCGCGCGCGGCGCCCAGAGUUCCGAGGAGGACCCCGGGGAGACGGCCCCGCUGUGCUCACUCCAGCCUCUGCGGAAGGAAUUCGUGCCGUUCCUGCUGAACUUCCUGAGGGAACAGAGCAGCCGCGUCCUCCCGCAGGGCCCCCCAACCCCCGCCAAGGCCCCGGGCUCCUCGGCAGCCUUGUCAGGGAGGCCGGGGGGCCCGCCGCGGGGCGGCCGCGGGGCGCGCAGCCAGCUCUUUCCUCCGACCGAGCCUCCAAGCGCCGCCGAGGCCCCGUUGGCCCGCCGCGGGGGCCGAAGGCGGGGUCCAGGGCCGGCCCGCGAGCGUGGAGGCCGGGGCCAGGAGGAGGGAGUCGGCGGGGAGAGCCUGCCCUGGGUCGGGGGCCGGAGACCUAGGGGCUCUGGCAGCCCCGGGAGCCCCAACCUCGCACGUUCUGAUCCGCCAAACCUCAGCAACCUGGAGGAGUUCCCUCCCGUAGGCUCGGUUUCCCCCGGCCCUGCAGGGACGAAGCCUUCACGCAGGAUCAACCCAACUCCGGUGAGCGAAGAGCGGUCACUUUCCAAGCCCAAGACCUGCUUCACCUCACCCCCAAUCAACUGUGUCCCCAGUUCCCAACCCUCAGUCCUGGACACUAGCCCUUGGGGCCAUGGCCUUACCUCAGGGUGCAGAAGUCUGCAAGAGGAGCGCGAGAUGCUCAAGAAGGAGCGAUCUAGGCAGCAGCAGCAACAGCAGCAGCAACAGCAGCAGUCGUCACCAGUCCCUGCCUGUUCCACCCCAGAGUCGGGAUCUCCCCUGCCCAGCCGCCUUGGGAACAUGACAGCUGAACCUGCUGACCCUGCCAGAGUGUCUUCCCACCAGCGCUUGCAGCUGGUAGCCCUUGUCUAUUCUUCAUGCAUUGCAGAGAACCUGGUACCAAAUCUCUUCUUGGAGCUUUUCUUUGUCCUUCAACUCCUUACUGCCCGGAGGAUGGUGGCCACCAAGGAUCGCGACCUUGAGCCAAGUCCAGGAGCCCUAGAUUGCCUGGAAAGCCCACUGUUCCAGAAUGUCCAUGAUUGUGUUUUCUUUGCAGUCCAGGUUUUGGAGCAUCAGUUUCAAGUUCUCUCCUGUCUGGACAAAGGGACCUUGAAGCUCUUGGCUGAGAAUGAGCGACUGCUGUGCUUCUCACCAGCUCUUCAAGGCCGCCUUCGAGCUGCCUAUGAGGGCAGUGUUGCCAAGGUUUCUCUGGAGAUGCCACCUUCUGCCCAAGCUGUCUCCUUUCAACCUGAAACUGACAAUCGUGCCAACUUUUCCAGUGACCGAGCCUUUCAUACUUUCAAAAAACAGAGGGAUGUGUUUUAUGAGGUUCUGCGAGAGUGGGAAGAUCGCCACGAGGAGCCUGGCUGGGAUUUUGAGAAGGGCCUGGGCAGCAGGAUCAGAGCCAUGAUGGGCCAGCUCUCUGCAGCCUGCAGCCACAGCCAUUUUGUUCGACUUUUCCAAAAACAACUUCUCCAGAUGUGUCAGCGUCCUGGUAGUGCUGGGGGCACUGUCUUGGGUGAGGCCCCAGAUGUGCUAAGCAUGCUUGGAGCUGACAAGCUAGGGCGGUUGCGACGCCUCCAGGAACGACUAGCAGCUCCUCAGAGCAGUGGAGGACCCUGCCCACCCCCCACCUUCCCAGGUUGUCAGGGCUUCUUCAGGGACUUCAUCCUGAGUGCCAGCAGCUUUCAGUUUAAUCAGCAUCUCAUGGACAGUCUGAGUUUGAAGAUCCGGGAGCUCAACAAUCUCACCCUGCCUCAGCCUGAACCCAGUGAUGAAGAUGGGGAGUCAGAUGUGGACUGGCAGGGUGAACGGAGGCAAUUUGCUGUGGUGCUGCUCAGCCUGAGGCUUCUAGCUAAAUUCCUGGGCUUUGUGGCUUUCCUGCCAUACAGGGGCCCUGAACCACCCCCAACUCGGGAGCUCCAGGACUCCAUUCUGGCCCUGAGGAGCCAGAUGCCCCCUGUGCUGGACGUGCGGGCUCUGCUGCAACAGGGGCUGCGGGCCCGCCGGGCAGUCCUCACGGUGCCCUGGCUGGUGGAGUUCCUCUCCCUCGCUGACCACAUUGUCCCCCUGAUGGAGUAUUACCGCAGUGUCUUCACGCUCCUGCUGCACCUACAUCGGAGCUUGGUGUUAUCCAAGGAGAGUGAAGGGGAAAUGUGUUUCCUGAACAAGCUGCUGCUGCUUGCUGUCCUGGGCUGGCUUUUCCAGAUUCCAACAGUCCCGGAACACUUGUUUUUUCUGGAAGAGGGUCAGUUGGAUGCCUUUGAAGUAGACACAGUAACCUCCAAGCAUGGUUUGGACAGCAUGCCAGUGGUGGACCAGCACCUGCUCUACACCUGCUGCCCCUAUAUAGGAGAGCUUCGGAAACUGCUGGCUUCGUGGGUCUCGGGCAGCAGUGGACGGAGUGGGGGCUUUGUGAGGAAAAUUACCCCCACCACCACAACUGGACUGGGAACCCAGCCUCCCCGGACUACCCAGGGGCUACAGGCGCAGCUGGCCCAAGCCUUUUUCCACAACCAGCCGCCCUCCCUGCGUAGGACUGUGGAGUUUGUGGCAGAGCGAAUUGGUUCUAACUGUGUCAAACACAUCAAGGCCACGUUGGUGGCGGACCUGGUGUGCCAGGCAGAGUCACUUCUUCAAGAACUGGUGACGGAGGGAAAAAAUGGGAGAGAUCCGGCCCAGCUGUUGGAGAUCCUGUGUUCCCAGCUCUGCCCCCAUGGGGCCCAGGCACUCACCCAAGGGCGAGAGUUCUGCCAAAGAAAGAGCCCUGGGGCUGUGCGGGCCCUGCUUCCGGAAGAGACCCCAGCAGCUGUGCUAAGCAGUGCAGAGAACAUUGCUGUGGGGCUUGCAACAGAAAAAGCCUGUGCUUGGUUGUCAGCCAAUAUCACAGCACUGAUCAGGAGAGAGGUGAAAGCAGCGGUGACCCGAACACUUCGAGCCCAGGGUCCUGAACCGGCUGCCCAGGGGGAGCGGAGGGGCUGCUCCCGUGCCUGUGAGCACCAUGCUCCCCUCCCCUCCCACCUCAUCUCCGAGAUCAAAGAUGUGCUUGCUCUGGCCGCUGGGCCCCGGGAUCCUGAGGAGGGAGUUUCCUCCGAAUACCUGGAGCAGCUCCUAGGCCAGCUAGGCCAGAUGCUGCAGUGCCGCCAGUUCCUGUGCCCGCCUGCUGAGCAGCAUCUGGCAAAGUGCUCUGUGGAUUUAGCAUCCCUCCUUGUGGCCGACCAAAUUCCAGUGCUCGGGCCCCCAGCCCAGCACCGGCUGGAGCGAGGGCAGGCACGAAGGCUCCUGCAUGUGUUGCUUACCCUGUGGAAGGAUGACUUCCAGGUGCCUGUCCCACUGCGGCUGCUGCUGAGCCCGAGAAGCGUGGGGCUUCUGGCAGACACUCGGCUGAGGGAGUGGGACCUGCUACUGUUCUUGCUCCGGGAGCUGGUAGAGAAAGGUCUGAUGGGACGGCCAGAGAUAGAGGCCUGCCUCGGCAGCCUGCGUGAGGCCCAGUGGCCAGAGGACUUCUCUAAAGAAUUGGAAACCCUGUCCAAGCUGUUUUUAGCUGAGCCUCAUGUGCCAGAACCUCAGCUCAGAACGUGUGAGCUGGUGCAGCCAAACCGGGGCACAGUGCUGGCCCAGAGUUAAGACUGGGGAGUGGCCCUGCCUUGGGCGUCUCAGCAGAACCCUGGAGCCCCCGCCACAGGAGGCAGCUCCAGAGCCACCCAAGUGCCCACUGCUGACCCUCAUCAGCGCGGGAGUAGCAGAGUCUGCAACCUGGUUUCCUGCCCAUGUGCAAAGGGAAUGUGUGGCUCGCUGCAGGCGCGCCCCCCCAAGUCCUAGAGGAAGGAGGAGGGUGUGCCCGAUGCGGUGGAAGCACCUACAGACUCCAGUCCGGGAACAGAAGAGUCGGCAUCGCUUGGAUACUAAACGAAAGGAGGUGUGGGGGCUCCCAGCCCCAUGUGCUGCUAUCUCAGCAUUUCCUAAAACUUUGUUAUUCAGGAAAUCAUGACAGAGGCAAAUGAUUUCUGCUUACCAUGUAAGGCGUGUGAGGAAAGUUGAAACAUGAAUCCUGGGAGUUUCCAUUUUCUACUACCAGAAGCUGUACUGCCAUCUGCUUCACAGUGCACCACAGACAAGGUGGGGCUCACCGGACAGAAACUGAGCUGCUCUGUGUCCCCUGUUCAGCCAGUAACUCUCAACCUAGUACCAUUCACGGGUCGUGCACAGGAGAAACAGAGCUCUUUAAAAUAAACUGCUUUCUUUA